CAUUCUUGACGCGGUCGACAUUGUUCUUAUUGCCCAUUUACCUCCUCCUCCCCCCUCGCCACAAAUAACAAUGGCCAACGACCUCUUCGUCACUGCGGCGGCCACCGUCGGCGCCAUGGCCGUCGGCCGCACCCUCCCCAAGGGCGACCCCAAGACCGACUACUACAUCAAGGUCGGGUACCUCGCGUCGCAGGUGGCCUCGCUGGCGCUGUACGGCAUCAUCGUGCUCAAGAUCAAGAAGCAGAACGACAAGACGGUCGUCAAGAUCAUCAAGCCCAAGCCGAAGCCCGCCCCUGGCACCGCCGCCGCUGAGAAGAACGGCACCGUGACCAACGAGAAGGACGAGACGCUCAAGGACGCGGCCGACACGUCCGACGUCGAGGUCACGACGACGACGGCGCGCGACUACGACCUGCAGGCCGUCAAGGGCGAGGUGCGCAGCACGCUCGUCUCGGCCGCGCUCUACCUCGGCGUGCUGUACCUGUACCUUGGGUUCAACAGGCCUCUCUUCACCCAGACGAUCAAGACGAUCGCGUACAUGCUCCUCCAGAGCAAGCAGGCGCGCAUCCACCUCUGGGGCGAGAAGCCCGUCGGCGACCUCGCCCGCCCCUUCAAGGACGGCCGCAAGGCCGCCCUCGCAAAGCUCAAGGCUGCCAUCUUUGGCGGUGCCAAGCCCGUCAAGAAGGCCGGCGAGAAGAAGAGCGAGUAGGGUGUGUGUCGGGGAUGAACAGUUUGUUGUGAGGCAAGAAAGA